AUGGACUCAUUGUACGAGGAUGUCUUCGAGUCUUAUGGCCGUGAAUCCGAAUCCGAACCCGAGCGUUUCGAAGAAACCUUUGAUUCUUCCUGCACUCCAGUAAAAAGACAAUGUGCGAAACGCCGGAAACUCGGCAGGCGCUGUUUCCGGUGCCGUUUGAAGCUUGCAUUAGGGGACGAGUCUGAGGAACCUACCAAGUCAGCACUUGAACUUGCUGUUGCUUCUCAAGCUUCUCCAAGAAACGACGAAUCUGAAGAUACUAUCCUGGAGCCUAUCCCCGAGCCUGUCGAAACAAUAAGAUCACAAAAGAAUGCGCAGAAUGGAGAAACUCCGAGCGCAAUCCCAUGGUGGUCUAAUUCAAAAUCUCAACUACAUGAUUACCCACAGACUCCCCCCAAAUAUAGAACCGCGAGUUUUCAUACAUCUUCCCAUGAGACACACUUUUACGAUGGUGCAACAACGAGAAACACCCGUCACUACGAAAGCAAUAUUUCAUCCAGCGGUAUCAGCACCCAGUCUAGGGUGAAUGAUGUCAACCCCAAACCAACUUGCUACUUACAUAACCAUCCUUGUUCUCAGUGGAAGGCUCUAGCUCCUGAACCUGCAUCCUAUCAUCGAUCGGACGCCGAGAUUGAGGUAGUCAAGAUAAACAGAAGCUGGCACCUCGUUUCGACAAAGUGCCACGUUAAGAGAAACGAGAACGGCGGUGUUACGCACAGUCAUGAACACCGACAUUGGGCAGAGCCUUUCAAGGAACUCCCUCAUUACAAAGGUUGCAGGUCCCUAGAGGAGAAAACAUCUAACAUUCCUGAGCAUGUCAAGUUUUAAAAUGCCAC